AUGUAUAUGAAAACUCUGUCUGUGCUCGCCCUAGUUGGCGCUGCCCAGGCUCACAUGAGCUUGUACUACCCUCCCCCACUAGGUGGAGCGCCAUCCAUCAACCCUCAGUCAACCGAAAUCGACCCCGAGUUCAACUUCCCGCUUGGAUGCUGCGGCCCCGAUGGAGGUGACAGCAAGCCUUCUCCAGGACCCUGCCGUGGUCACCUUGACAAGUUCGAUACUGAGAAGGCGUCUGUCACCUGGCAGUCUGGCCAAGAUGCCUACUUCCAGCUUACCAGUUUCGACUAUGACAAAGCCGCUCCCGGUGGUACUCACUAUGGUGGAUCCUGCCAGGUCGGAUUUUCCACUGACAAGGGCAAGAGCUGGAAAUUGGCUGCAUCAUACCACGGUGCUUGCCCGCAUGCUACCGAAGAUGGUUCACCCGAGGCCCAGACCUUCGACUUCAAGGUCCCUACCAACAUGCCUGAGGGCGAUGCUCUGUUUGUCUGGAUCUGGCUGAACCGUGAGCAUGAGAGCUUUGAGUCCUGCAGCAAGGUGCACAUUGGCGGUGGGGGAUCAGGCAACAGCACUGAGCCUAGCAAGCCCUCCCAAUCAGCAUCUCAGCCUGAGGAGCCAGCAUACUCUGCCACUUCACCCAAGGAGACACCUCAGCCUGAGACACCACAGCCCGAGACAACUCAGCCACCCAGCUACGAGAAGGAACCAGCUGGCGACAACAGCAACAACAACAACGGCAAUGUCGUCACCCCCAACACGCGCCGCUACCAAGUCGACGGCUCCCGCUGCGACUGCACCCGCGACGCCCUCACCCUCGCCGCCCGCUGCUUCUGCGACUCGCCCGAAAAGAGCAUCGAACGCAAGGCCCUGCGUCUGCACCGCCGUACCUUCUACAAGCGCACCGACGCCUGCGACUGGAACUCUGCCCCUGCCAUGGAGACUUCGUACUAUACCAUCGAUGCUCACUGUGCUGCGGGCGCCAAAGACCGCAUGCCUGAGAGCGACAAGUUUGAGCUUGGCUGGGAUGUCUCCUGUGGUGUUGUUGAGGGCGAGAGUGAGUAUGAGAUUAAGACUAUGACUUGUGAUAUGUAUGGUUAGGUCAUUGAGUGGUAGUUGGUUGGUUGGUUGUUGUUGUUUUUCUUCUGCGUACAUAUCCUUCUUUCUUCUUCUUUUUUCACUCGUUCAUCACGCUUUCUGGACGCUGCCUUCUUUUUCACUUCUUGCUUCUUGGUC